GUGUUUAGCGUGACCGAAUGUUUUGUUUUCGGCUCAGACAGGUGAAAUGGGUCUUGUGAGCUAACACGGACAGCUACGGCGGCAAACAUUACUCAGUGACCUUGGACCAGCCAACUAGAAGACAAAGUCAUGGGGAAUACAAGCAGUGAGAGGGCUGCCAUGGGCCAGGGGGAGAAGGCUCAGCGGAGGGACAGCCGAGGAACCAAGGAGGGAGAGAGGCCAAAAAUUCUGAUGGACAGCCCGGAGGAUGCAGAUAUUUUUCAUGGUGAAGACAUGAAGGCUCCUUUAGAGAAAGAAGAGUUUCUUGCAUGGCAGCAAGACUUGGAGGCCGAUGACAAAGGGCCGACUUUAGACAGACCAACAGUCUUUCGCUGGACUGGAGAUGGCAAGGAGGUCUUCCUCUCUGGAUCCUUCAACAACUGGGCCAACAAGAUUCCUCUUAUUAGAAGUCAGAACACUUUUGUGGCCAUUGUUGAUCUUCCUGAAGGGGAGCAUCAGUACAAGUUUUAUGUGGAUGGCCAGUGGACCCAUGACCCAGCCGAGCCAGUUAUAACCAGUCAACUCGGAACAGUCAACAAUGUCAUCCAGGUGAAGAAAACUGACUUUGAGGUGUUUGAUGCUCUAAUGGUAGACUCGCAGAAAUGCUCUGACAUGUCAGACCUCUCCAGCUCUCCUCCCGGGCCGUAUCAUCAGGAUGCCUAUAUUCCUAAACAGGAAGAGAAGUUUAAAUCUCCACCAAUACUUCCACCUCACCUGCUGCAGGUCAUCCUUAACAAAGACACUGGGAUUUCUUGUGAUCCUGCAUUACUCCCAGAACCCAACCAUGUGAUGCUCAACCACCUCUACGCUCUCUCCAUUAAGGACGGAGUGAUGGUGCUCAGUGCGACACAUCGCUACAAGAAGAAGUAUGUCACCACCUUAUUAUAUAAACCCAUCUGAUUGACGACUGACUUUAUAAUCCUGUCCAAGUGUAUCAACUGUACACUGAGUGUACAAAAUAUUAGCUCCAUCUGUUCUUUUGACAACAGAGAAAGACCAGAGGAAUCCAGGCCACAUCGCUCAUGAGUUUGAUUUGUUUACACUUCCAAAUCCUGAUUUGAAGAUUAACACACAGCGCUCUGAAAGGCAGUGUGUGAUCACUUGUAUUCUUUGCCCAAACUUGAGAAAGGCCAGCAGUCACCUGGAUGAGAGUCUUAGAUGAACCUAAGGCGAUAAAAGUAGUUAACAGCUCUGAGAUGAUAUUUUGUACACUCACUGUGAGUCCAGUUAUUGUCCACAUCUGUUUAGGACGAUACAUAUCACUCAGUUGCUCCAGUCCUUUAUUUGUUCACUGAUUGCCCUCUGUAGUUUUCAACAACACAAUCUUUGCUUAGUAGACAUAGACGGGCAAAAAUAAUGAGGUAGGGCACCAUAGCAUGUCUGAUAUGAGGAAAUGAGGACUGGCAAUGCUGGGAAAAUCUCACUCUGAGUUCUCAGAUGCAUGAGGUAGCUGUAGUGUUUCCCAUGACUGAGAGGACAACAGCAGUACAGUCGAGAAUGUGACUGUUAAGGUCAAGGAAGGAAAAAAUGCACCGCAGUAGUUCUCCACUCUUUUUGUUUGCCUGUUUCUCUUAGAGUUGUUAUUUAAAGAUAACCACAGCACACAGAGUAGAUAUUUUCUAUCAUUUGUGAAGUAUUCAGUGAUGUGUUUUUCUUCUUCUUUGGUUGGUGGUGUGGUUUGUUUUGUUGUCAAAAACACUCUUUCUAUAGUUAGUUGCAGUGUUGCGGUCGAGACCAUUCCAGUCAAGACGAUAAGUUAAGAUAAGCUGAGACCAAAACCACCAACCAAGUUAUGUUUGUGAGAAAUGAAUUUCGUCUAAACUUUAGAAUACCUUUAUUAGUUUUGCACUAUGAUGAUAAACCUUUAUUUUUAAAGUAGAAUAUGCAUACAAUGUAUGUACACUCACAGCACGACAAUGUAUCAGAACAAUGCUUAUUACCUUUUUUGAACACCUAAGCAGGUUUAGUGGUCCUCACACUGAUAUACCUUUGCACUGGAACAUGACUUUCCUUAUGUCAUACAUUUAAAUGCAUUACAAAAAUUAAGUCACUCCAGGUAGUUGUUCGCCACUGGCUCAGUCAAUAUGGCAUCAUUGGCGUUCGCCUCUCUAAAAUGAUGAAUGAUGAAUUCAUGGUUGACGAGAAAGACGUGUAACAGGGAACAAAAUGUUGAAGAUAUUUGACAAAAAGAAGGCAGUCGUGUGACCAACACUGACUUGAAGAACCACAAAAUCGGCUAAGGGACAAGCAUGGGAUCAUGUGACCGAGUCGUACUGUUACUGAAGAUUUCUUUUUUUUUUUUUUUUAUAGUUACGAUGUACUGUUAAUGGCCUGUUUGUGUUUCAUAAAGUCUGAAGGAUUAGAAUGUUUUUUUAAGUUAAAGGUAUGACUUGCAGCAUCUAUUCACAGCACUAUUAUUGUCACAUAUGCUGUCUUGGUAUAAUUGCCACUCAAAAUUGAGACCAAGAUGUUAAUUAUCUUUGUUGUAUGCUAUAGGCCAGUAGAGGCUGACAAUCUCCUUAGUGUAGGUCUUUGUAUUACUUCUGCUGUGAGAAUUAACAUGUUAAUGAUUUAUGGAUGUUAAAAUGCUAGACUUCGACUUAAACUGCAAUAAAAACAUUAAAGCGUUGUUGACCCUUUGAACCAAGCUGGCAUGUACACAUUUUUCAUUUUGAGAGACGUUUGUAUUAAAGAUAGUUGUUA